CGCUCGCUCGCGCUCUGCGAGCGCGUCUCGGCCGCCGCCUUCUGCCGCCGCCGCCUGCCCUGCCUGCUGCUCAAGCUGCGCAUGGCGCAGAACCUGCGCGACGCCGUCACCUUCGUGGAGCAGGGCCACGUGCGCGUGGGGCCCGACGUGGUCACGGACCCCGCGCUGCUCGUCACGCGCGCCAUGGAGGACUUCAUCACCUGGACCGACACCUCGCGCCUCCGCCGCAAGGUGCUCGACUACAACCAGGAGCGCGACGACUUCGACCUGGACGCCUAGAG